GCCUGCGCGGUCAGGGGCAGAGCCGCGCACCCGUCCCAGCGCGCAUUCUGUUUCCGGGCCGAGGUCAAGAAGUCGCGGACGGAGAGGCUGAGGCUUCUGGGGUGCGACGGGAGGCUGCCUGCAGGCGCGGGUCUGCGCUGUGUCCCGCAGCCUAAGACCUGCGGGGAUGGACGAGGACGGGCUGCCUAUAGUGGGCUCCGGCAUUGACCUCACGAAGGUUCCUGCUAUACAGCAGAAAAGAACUGUAGCAUUUCUAAACCAGUUUGUGGUUCAUACAGUGCAGUUUCUCAACCGCUUUUCUACUGUUUGUGAAGAGAAAUUGUCGGCACUCUCUCUCCGUAUCCAGCAAAUUGAAACAACCCUCAAUAUUUUGGAUGCAAAGUUAUCCUCUAUUCCUGGCCUAGAAGAUGUCAAAUUUGAAGUGUCCAGCACAAAUAUGAACAGUGUUACAAAUGGUCCUGUGGCACAAGCUACUACGAAUCAACAGACAGCUGUAUCACCUCAGCCUGAACAGAACAGUAUGCAUGAAGAAGGGUUACAGAAAACGGAGGUAGUAACAGAAAAUGUCGUAACUGUGGCCAAGGAUCCAAGAUAUGCCAGGUACCUCAAAAUGGUACAAGUGGGUGUUCCUGUAAUGGCAAUACGAAACAAAAUGAUUUCUGAAGGGCUAAAUCCAGAUCUUCUUGAGACCCCAGAUGCCCCUGUGCCUGCCUGGGGAGAUGAUGGGAAAGCAGAAGACAGUUCUGACAGUGAAUCUUCAUUUAGUGACUAAAGAGACUAUUUUUGACCUUUGGAAACCUCUGUUAAAUGCUAAUGUGCUUGAAGCUUUAGCAUACUAUGAUUUUGCAUGGGUCACAUGGGUGACAUGAUUUAUCUGACAGCAUUUUUAGGAACUAAGAUCCUCCAUGUUCUCUCCCAGAAGGCUUGAACAAGCAACAUUCUUCAACUGGAACCUUUUCACCAGGAGUAGGAAUUGUGAGAUCUUUGCAGUUUUUAUACUGUAUUAUGUACUUUCUGAUUCUUCUAAAUUGCUGUGGGCCAGGCAAUCUUUCAUUUUCUGCUAUUUCACAUUCUUCCUCAGACCAAGAGAAGACUGAAACUGAGUAUAUAAAUCUGUUAGCUUUUAUGACCAAGUCAUCAUCUUCUGGUUUAGUUAUUUAUGCUACUUUCAUAGGUUAACUGCCUUUUUUCCCCUAUAACAGCUUCCAUUUGAGUCUAGCAGACCUAUUUAAGCUCUUUAUAACGUAUAAAUCAGAGUAAUGCCUGAAUCCCUAAAAGGAGUAUGUGCACUAGAGAAUGCACAGAGAGGAAAUUUCAGUGAUGAAUUCAUUAUUAUUGGACAGUAAUUAACGUUUGGUAGAUGUAGACAUACUAACAUAUUAGCAAUAAGUAUUUCAAAGGAAAAUGUUACAAUGUUGUUUCAGAAAGCAUAUAUUAAAACACUAGUGACUUUUUUGUAAAUCUAUAUUUGAAAACUCAUGAAGCAAUCUGUAUAAUUAAAGCUAUACUUUGUAAACCAAA